CCACUUAAAAAAAAACAAAAAAGAGAAGAACCUUAACAGUUUCAAUCUAGAAAAAAAGAGGCAUGAAGCAAUCGUCAUGGGGUUGUACAAUCUUCAUACAAUUAUCUCUCUGUCUCAUCGUCUAUGUGUCUCUGCAUUUGGGUCACCCAUUCUUCUCUAGUAAUAACGACGGUGGCAAUGCCGCACCUCUAGAUCUUUAUUUCAUCUCCGUCGCCGGAGGAGGUUUCAGGCCUCUUCACCACCAAACUCGCCUUCUCCGAUUGAUGGAGAAAGCUGCAGAAACUUACAAGGCAAAAUUUGUGGUAAGCUCAAGUGAACUUGGAGAAAAAGAUCCACUCCUGCAAAAUGCGACUCGAGUGUCUUCCUCACUGAAACUUCCAUGGUACACUAUAAAGAAAGGAUCCGGAUAUUCCAGAGAGCGCAUCGCAAUGCCUUUUGGUGGAUCCUUGGAUGUUGUUUUCCUAGACAUUGGUUCAUUGCAGCAGGAAGUGCUCGGUGGAUCAUUAAAUGGCCCCACGAUCAGCCAAUUGAAAGGGCUAACAAGGAUUCUUAAAGCAGCAGAUGGAGACUGGCGUAUUGUUGUUGGAUUACACCCGUUACUCGCCUAUACUGUAACUAAAGAAGCCAAGGAAGUUGCAAGGACAUUUCAUGAAAUCAUGACCAAAUAUGGAGUGAACUUAUAUAUAAGCGAAAAAGGCUGCACCAGCGGAGGCAGGAAUGAGAGCCCUGCAUGCAUAACGGUUCCUAGUCAAUCAGAGAACCGAGGUCUAACGUAUGAUAGUAAGAGAGAAAUGGAAGAUGGGUUUCUUAUUCACAGAGUUAGCUUCUCAGAGUUUGUUACUUAUACUAUCAACGCAUCAGGACAAGUCAUUGACACAAGAUUAGUUAAGCAGAAAGGCAAAGAGGCCAUCUAAGGUUUCUUUACUUUUUUGGUAAAAGUGUUACUACAUUGUUGUAAUUUUGCAUUCUUCCAUGAAUGACCGUUAUACCCUUUUAGCUGGAUCAUCGGAGGGUGAAACUGGAAAUUGGGUACUAUAUAAAUUCCCAAAAAGGAGUGAACUUUA